CAUGGCGGACACCGACCUGUUUAUGGAAUGUGAGGAAGAGGAACUGGAGCCAUGGCAGAAAAUUAGUGAUGUCAUUGAGGACUCUGUAGUUGAAGAUUACAAUUCAGUGGAUAAAACUACUCCAGUUUCUGUGAGCCAGCAGCCAGUCUCAGCUCCAGUGCCUAUUGCUGCCCAUGCUUCUGUUGCUGGGCACCUCUCUACAUCCACUUCUGUUAGUAGCAGUGGGGCACAGAACAGCGACAGUACAAAGAAGACUCUUGUCACACUAAUUGCCAACAACAAUGCUGGUAAUACUUUGGUCCAGCAAGGUGGACAGCCACUCAUUCUGACCCAGAAUCCAGCACCAGGUCUGGGAACAAUGGUUACUCAACCAGUAUUGAGACCUGUCCAGGUCAUGCAGAAUGCCAAUCAUGUGACUAGCUCCCCUGUGGCCUCACAACCUAUAUUCAUCACUACCCAGGGAUUUCCUGUAAGGAAUGUUCGGCCUGUACAAAAUGCAAUGAAUCAGGUUGGGAUUGUACUGAAUGUACAGCAAGGACAAACAGUUAGACCAAUUACACUGGUCCCAGCCCCAGGUACACAGUUUGUUAAGCCGACAGUUGGCGUCCCACAAGUGUUUUCUCAGAUGACCCCCGUGAGGCCAGGCUCCACAGUGCCUGUGAGGCCCACCACCAACACCUUCACCACCGUCAUCCCAGCUACUCUGACCAUUCGAAGCACUGUCCCUCAGUCACAGUCACAGCAGACCAAGUCCACUCCCAGCACCUCCACUACUCCCACUGCCACACAGCCAGCCUCAUUGGGGCAGCUAGCUGUUCAGCCUCUGGGCCAAUCCAACCAGACCUCGAAUCCCAAACUAGCUCCCUCCUUCCCCUCUCCACCUGCAGUGAGCAUUGCCAGCUUUGUCACUGUGAAGCGACCUGGGGUUACAGGUGAAAAUAGCAACGAAGUGGCCAAAUUGGUGAAUACUCUUAACACUGUCCCUUCCCUGGGCCAGAGUCCUGGGCCAGUGGUGGUGUCCAACAACAGUUCUACUCAAAGAACCAGUGGACCCGAAUCUUCAAUGAAAGUGACCUCUUCCAUCCCAGCGUUUGACCUCCAGGAUGGUGGACGGAAAAUAUGUCCACGGUGUAACGCUCAGUUCCGUGUCACUGAAGCCUUGAGAGGUCACAUGUGUUACUGCUGCCCUGAAAUGGUUGAGUACCAGAAGAAAGGCAAGUCCCUCGAAGCAGAGGCCAGUACUCCAUUGGCAGCAAAGCCCUCAUCCCCUGAGAAGACAGCUCCCAUCACUUCCACACCCUCCUCUACACCUAUUCCUGCUCUCUCACCACCUACCAAAGUACCAGAGCCAAAUGAGAACGCUGGAGAUGGCGUCCAGACCAAGCUUAUUAUGCUAGUUGAUGACUUUUACUAUGGACGGGAUGGGGGCAAGGUAGCCCAGCUCACGAGCUUUCCUAAGGUUGCCACAUCUUUCCGAUGCCCUCAUUGUACCAAAAGGCUAAAGAACAACAUUAGAUUCAUGAACCAUAUGAAGCACCAUGUGGAACUUGAUCAGCAGAAUGGCGAGGUGGAUGGUCACACUAUCUGUCAACACUGUUACCGCCAGUUCUCCACCCCAUUCCAGCUCCAGUGCCACUUGGAAAAUGUUCACAGUCCCUAUGAGUCUACUACCAAGUGCAAGAUCUGUGAGUGGGCAUUUGAAAGCGAGCCACUGUUUCUCCAGCAUAUGAAGGACACUCAUAAGCCUGGAGAGAUGCCUUAUGUUUGUCAGGUGUGUCAGUAUCGCUCCUCCCUCUACUCUGAGGUAGAUGUCCAUUUUCGGAUGAUCCAUGAAGAUACCCGGCAUUUGCUCUGCCCGUAUUGCCUGAAAGUCUUCAAAAAUGGCAAUGCAUUCCAGCAGCACUACAUGAGGCACCAGAAGAGAAAUGUUUAUCACUGCAACAAAUGCCGGCUACAGUUUCUCUUUGCCAAGGACAAAAUUGAACACAAGCUUCAGCACCAUAAAACGUUCCGUAAACCUAAACAGCUGGAAGGCUUGAAGCCAGGCACCAAGGUGACAAUCCGGGCUUCUCGGGGGCAGCCACGAACUGUUCCUGUGUCUUCAAAUGAUACGUCUUCUAGCGCCUUGCAGGAGGCAGUGCCACUGACCUCCUCCACCGACCCGUUGCCUGUCUUCCUUUAUCCCCCUGUCCAACGCAACAUGCAGAAGAGAGCUGUGAGGAAAAUGAGUGUCAUGGGCCGGCAGACAUGUCUGGAGUGCAGCUUUGAGAUCCCGGAUUUCCCUAAUCAUUUCCCGACCUAUGUGCAUUGUUCUCUUUGUCGCUACAGCACCUGCUGCUCUCGAGCUUAUGCCAAUCACAUGAUCAACAAUCAUGUUCCACGGAAGAGCCCCAAGUAUUUGGCUUUGUUUAAAAAUUCUGUAAGUGGGAUCAAGCUGGCCUGCACUUCAUGUACCUUUGCUACCUCUGUGGGAGAUGCCAUGGCCAAGCAUUUGGUGUUCAACCCCUCCCACAGAUCUAGCAGCAUCUUACCCAGGGGGCUCAGUUGGAUGUCUCACUCAAGGUCUGGCCAGACUUCUGAACGAGUGUAUGACCGGAGCUUGAAGAAUGUGUAUCUUCCACCUCCCUUCCUCCCUAACAAAGCUGCCACUGUGAAACCUGUAGGAGCCACCCCAGUAGAGCCUCAAGAGCUCGCAGUUCCUGUGGCCCAGGCACUUCCAUCACCAGCCUCAACUGCAACCCCACCAGCAACCCCUACUCAUCCACAGCCCUUAUCCCUACCACCCUUGGCCACAGAGGGGGCUGAAUGUCUGAACAUCGGUGAACAGGGUGAGGGAAGAAGCCCCGUCACCCAGGAACCUGAACCAGCAUCCGGUGGUGGAGGCAGCAGUGGGGUUGGCAAGAAAGAGCAGCUGUCUGUGAAGAAGCUUCGGGUAGUACUGUUUGCCCUGUGCUGCAACACAGAGCUGGCAGCUGAACACUUCCGAAACCCCCAGCGUCGAAUCCGUCGUUGGCUUCGACGCUUCCAGGCCUCUCAGGGAGAGAAUUUAGAGGGCAAAUAUCUCAGCUUUGAGGCAGAAGAGAAACUGGCUGAGUGGGUGCUGAUCCAGCGAGAGCAACAGCUACCUGUAAAUGAGGAGACCUUGUUUCAGAAGGCCACCAAAAUAGGACGCUCUUUGGAGGGGGGUUUUAAGAUAUCUUAUGAGUGGGCUGUACGUUUCAUGCUGCGGCACCACCUCACUCCUCAUGCCCGGCGAGCUGUAGCCCACACAUUACCGAAGGAUGUAGCAGAAAAUGCAGGACUCUUCAUUGAGUUUGUUCAGCGGCAGAUUCACAAUCAGGACUUACCUUUGUCUAUGAUUGUGGCAAUUGAUGAGGUCUCUUUGUUCCUGGACACAGAAGUACUGAGCAGUGAUGACCGGAAGGAGAAUGCUUUGCAGACAGUGGGCACAGGGGAACCUUGGUGUGAUGUAGUACUGGCUAUCCUGGCAGAUGGCACUGUCCUCCCCACCCUGGUUUUCUACCGAGGACAAAUGAAUCGGCUUGCUAAUGUGCCAGACUCUAUAUUGCUAGAGGCCAAAGAGAGUGGCUACAGUGAUGAUGAGAUCAUGGAGCUUUGGUCAACCCGUGUGUGGAAGAAGCACACAGCUUGUCAGAACAGCAAAGGCAUGCUGGUGAUGGACUGUCAUCGCACUCACUUGUCAGAAGAGGUACUGGCCCUGCUUAGUGCCUCUAGCACUUUGCCUGCAGUGGUCCCUGCAGGCUGUAGCUCUAAAAUCCAGCCAUUAGAUGUAUGCAUCAAACGAACUGUUAAGAACUUCUUGCACAAAAAGUGGAAGGAGCAGGCUCGGGAAAUGGCAGAUACUGCGUGUGAUUCUGAUGUCCUGCUUCAGCUGGUGCUGGCCUGGCUGAGUGAGGUGCUGGGUGUCAUUGGGGGCUCCCCAGAGCUAGUUCAGCGGUCCUUCCUUGUGGCUAGUGUUCUGCCAGGUCCUGAUGGCAACAUUAACUCACCUACACGCAAUGCUGACAUGCAGGAGGAGCUCAUUUCCUCCCUAGAGGAGCAGCUGAAGCUGAGUGGAGAUCGGUCUGAGGAACCCUCGGCUUCUACCCCCCGACCCAGAUCCUCUCCUGAAGAGACAGUUGAGCCUGAAAGCCUGCACCAGCUCUUUGAAGGGGAAAGUGAGACGGAGUCCUUCUAUGGCUUUGAGGAAGCUGACCUAGAUCUGAUGGAGAUCUAGGUGCUGAGGCUAUGAGAGCAUAUGGAGUUGGGUGGGAAAGCUGAGGAGGGUAGAGGGCUUAGAGAAAGGGGAGUAACCAGUGGGGGUACUUGGUUAUAUUUUUAAUUUUAUGCCACUAUUCCCCUGACAUUGACACUUCUGUGAAUUGGUGGGUUAUUAGGAAAGCCAGUAGUGAUCACUUCUGAGCCGAGGAGCUGGUCCAUUGGUUACUCACUUCUGCUAAAAACAGUUUUUUGUGACUUUUCCCCCCUUCUUCUUUAAUUUAAAUCACUGUGUUUGCUAUUUUUCUGACAAAAAUCUAGGAAAACAAUCCUUUGUGGACAGAUAUUAAAUUGUUUUUGUUGUUUCCCCUUUUACCUCAAUUGUAUCAUAGUAUCUCUGGGUUUUGUUUGUUUUACUGUGUGGCCAAUGUCUUUGGGCAUGAUACUAUCUAAUCAUUGUUAAUGUGAGAACUUUUCUGCAGAUGGGAAAGAAAUAUGUAGCUCACAAACUGGUUUAUUACAUAUGUGGAUAAAUCUUUUUCAUUGUGGUCUUAACACUUUUAUAUAAAAAAUGAAAAUGAAAAAAGAAUCCCACUGAACUCUUUCCUUCUCUUCCCUUCCCCUCCCUCUCUAGAGGUGUUGGUUUCUACAGCAACUCUAGAUAUAAAAUUGUGGCUUUAAAAAUGCAUGAAACCCACUUGAAUCAUCCAGAAUGGAUAGAUUUUUCCUUCUUCACCACCCUCUACCAAAACACAACAGAAACAAUAUUUUUUGCACUUGUGACCCUUGACCCCUUUCUUGAUUUUCACGCCAUCUUUUACUCUGGACAAAGGAGCACAUGUGUCCCUAGCAAGCAAGAGUUCCUGAGUGAGGUGAUCAAACAGUAUUCAGGUGGAAGCCAUCCCUAGUCUCUGUCUUCCAUCAGCGAGCCCCCAGCGUAAUCCCUGCCUUGUUGAACUUUGUCCUGUUAAGCACCUUCGGACAGCACACCUGCUCAAGACAUCACAGGUACUAACUGGCAGCAUAUGUUAAGUGUCAAAGAACUCAACAAGACACAGACCACUUGAACUCCUGCUAACCCGUGGCUUUCCUGUUUCUCUCAAUGUUUAGAGAAGAAACUGAUACAAAAAAAAAAAGCAUAGAGGUGUGCACAGAGAAAGACACAAAUCUUUAUUUUUCACUGCCAACUUCAAGGAAAAUUUUUCUACAAUUUGCAUGAGGGAUUCUUUUUUUUUUUUUUUUUUCUUUUUUUAAGAAAAUGAUGUACUCAUGGUGAUAAACCAAAAUGUACUAUACCAUAGAGGAAAAAAGAACAACAACAAAAAAACAAGUCUACCUUUCCCACAGCCACACCAUUGUACAUCCUGAGGCUUUCGGCAAUGUUCCCUCCUGUGAGCCAAGGAGGCAACCUGCACAAGCUUGUAAGUGGUUCAUCUUUAAAGUGUACAUAAGUGGAACAUUUAAUAAAAUGAGAGGAAAUGGA